UCCUUCUUCUACUUUAUUCCCUUAUUUUCACUGAAAAAAAUCUCGCUCUUCUUUUCAAACAUCGCCAUUCGUUCAUUACGAACGAAUGACAAUGGUGUCGAGAGAGUCACGAACGCAAGCAUAGGACAAUGCGUCAAACAGCGUUUGACAGUUGUACUAUUGUUCGUGUGUGCCUAUAUAAUAGAGAUAUAGUUAGCAGUCGCGAUUUCAUGAAAAUUUGACGGGCAUUUCAUGAAUAAAUGAAUAGAUUGCAACAUCAAUAAGAGAAACGCUUUAUUUUGGCUACGAUAGUUACAUAAACCAACCACAAAAGUGUAAAAAUUGCAAUUCUACGGAAUCAUAGGAAAAUCGCAGUUUCGAUGCGACCAUCAAAGUCACUCCGUUAAAAGUGUUGAUAAAAACAAAGUGUACGACACACAGGGAGAAAAUUAUACGCGUGCUUAAGCGAAAGGAAAAGCGCGUUGGUGGUUUUUUUUAUGAAGGACACACACUAGUCGUUGUUGUUGGUGUUGCGGAAGAAAAAAAAAUCAUUCGUUGACGUUCGCAUGAAGGAAUCAAAAAAAAUCAUUCGUUGACGUCCUUUUUUUUUGCUCCGUUUAUUGGCGAUGUCAUAUUUCAUCUUGAAUCAAUUGCGAUGCUGUCGAAGUCGCGUGAAUCUUAAUAAACGAUAUGGAUCGGCUGCUGCGGCUGUGAAACCAGUGCGAUAUUACAGUGAUGACAAUGGUACCAAGGAUGGCAACGAUGAGCAUGCAAUAAAUGGCUUGAAAACGCGUCGCCAUGCAUUGGGCCAGGCUGUGAUUUUGGUGCAACAAGGUGUUGAAAUCCAAGAAUUACCAAUCAUUGUUCGACGAUACGGUCAAAAUGAGAUUGUUGCCUUUGGCUCGAAUAAACUACCGUUGGGCGUCGCUGGACUGACACAUCAAGCGAACAACGAAAACACAGUGCCCACUGACCAAUCCACUGCACACAUAUCCUCCACGCCAAAUAGUACAAAUGUGGUGAUAAACCCUGUAACCGAUUGUGAUACAAUCAUUAAACUACUGGAGAAGUGUGAGACUGGUGAAAGUAUACUGCAAAUGAUUGCAUCAUUGCCGAAACAUGAAUUGGAGCAGGACACAUUGGUGUUUGCAUUGGAGAAAAUUCUCCGAAUCGAACCGAUGCAAAUGCUGAAAUCGUUUGAAGCCACCAAUGAACAGUAUCAACAGUUGUUGAAUAGUUUUUGUCGUGUGUGUGACACAACCAUUUUGCUAAAUGUGCUGAAGCAGUUGCAAUCGAUGCUGUUUAUGAAUCAAUCGAUUGAGCAAAUUUGUGAUGAGAUUCUGAUGCGAAAUGCGGACGGUUGUCUGAGCGUGAUGGAAAUAUGCGAAGCUGUGCAUCGAUUUGUGGAAUGUCAACGAUUUACGGGUGCUGAAAAAUUUUGGGCCGGACUAUCCGAUGCGGAUAAGGAUAUCAAUGAGAAUAAUAUUAAGUUUGUAUUUGAAAUUUUACCAAAGUUAAAAGUCAGCCGUCGAAUGGUCGUUGGCAUUCUGGAUAAGCGAAUCGUGGAAGUGUUCCCAUUGCUGCGACCCAAUGCUGUGAAUGAUAUCAUGGAAGCGAUUAAAGAGGGCCGUAUUGGCUGUCACACCAACGACACACUGAAAGCAAUCACUCGAUGGCUAAAUGUCAACAUCCAUGCCGUGAAUGAAACACAUUUGGAGCAAAUUGUCCACUGUUUGACCGCCUUGAAUUACACCGACUCGGAUUUUGAAAGUGCCAUUGAACGCUACAUGAAGGCCAAGGCCAUGAAAAUCAAAUCACAAACGCUGGUCAUUGAAAUUCUCAAACAUGUCAACACAUUUCGUCUGCUCAAUUCGUACAUUCUCAACGGAUGCAGUGAGUUUUAUAUCAAAGAAGCGGCAAACAUUGAUCCAGGCUAUCUGCGCGAUAUUGUCUAUCCAUUUGGUCGGCUACACUUUCAGCCCAUGAAUACGAGUAAAUUUUGGGAAACCAUUGAAACGUAUUUGAAUAUCAAUUUUAAUAAAAUCUCAACCGCACACAUCGUUGACAUUCUACUGGCAACCGUCUAUCUCAAGUUGUUCCCGGUGAAUUUCAUUGAUCGUGUGUUCAAUCGACAGUUUAUGCAUUUGUUGCACAGCUCAACGUCGAUGAAUGAAUUGCCAAUGGUUCGUGAGAAGCUCAAGCUGCUGGACACCGCAUUGACAUUGGAAUGCAGCGAAUACAAUGGACCACUGCUACCGCGCCAGGUUGGCGGCAAUCAAGUAACCAUUGACAACCGCAUCAAACGCAUAAUCAACGAUAAUUCGGACAUAAUCCAAUUGAUUGCUGGUGAUAAAACGUCUUACACAACAUUACAAGUACCACAGCAACUUCCGUACUGCAAUUUAUACACAAUUGACGUUCUAUUUCAUCCGCCCGGCUUCAGUCUAAUUAACUACAACAAAAUAAAAGAUCGAAAUGUUCUAGUCGCUGCUCUCAUCCAUUUGCCCGAGUACUACGAUACCAGCGGCACGUACUUGAUUGGCGAACAACAAAUGCGCAUCCGACAUUUGCGUCACAUCGGACUCAAAGUCGUAUCACUGCAAUACACCGCACUUAGCAAGCUCAGCAUGCAUCGCAAAGAACUCUACGAAUAUAUUGCCGAACAAAUGUCCCAAGCCCUACCAGCCAUCGAACCAAAUAAAUAAAAAAAAAAUAUAUACAAUACUAGUACACAUACACCAAUUUGUUAAGUUUAUCAAUUCUAAAUAAUGACAAAAAAAAUUGAAGAAAAAAAAAUAAACAGCUCAAAGCAAUUCACAAUAUUAAUAGAAAUAUUUUUCUCUAAAAUUUAUUAUUCUAAAUAUUAAAUAUGAAAGACACACACACACACACACACACACACACACACACACACUCCUUGCAUUAAUAACAAGAAAAAAAAAUUGUACAAAUCGGCUCAUCAAAUAGUCAUUGACCUCCUUGCUAAUUAUGACAAAUUUCGUCGAUCGAUUUGAAUCAAGAAACAAAGUUGUUAUCAAUUCCAUAUAUAUUUUUUCAAAAUAAUUAUUAUGGAUCAAUAAAUUAUAUCUUUAUCAAAAACACCAAA